ACGUGGGGAAAGAGCGGGAGGCUGCUGUUCCCAUAGAGAUAGGAAAAAGGUUGCCCUUGCUAGUCAUGUGAUUUUCACUGGCCCACGGCUCCUUCCGCCAGGCUUUGCGCUGCCCAAGGACCGUAAAGCCCCCCUUGCGAAGCCUCCCACGGAUGCCCCUCCCCCCACCGUGGCGCUUCCAUCCAGGGGCUGCGCUCGCGCACCGACCGUACCAUGGAGGUUUUUAUUCCUUCGUUCCGCUAUGAGGAGAGCGAAUUGGAGAGAGGCUACACGGUCUUUAAGAUAGAAGUACUAAUGAAUGGAAGAAAGCAUUUUGUUGAAAAGAGAUAUAGUGAAUUUCAUGCUCUCCAUAAAAAACUUAAGAAAUUCAUAAGAACUCCAGAAAUCCCUUCAAAGCAUGUGAGGAACUGGGUGCCCAAAGUUUUGGAACAGCGUCGGCAGGGUUUAGAAUUUUAUCUACAGAAUAUUGUUUUAGAAAAUGAAGAGCUUCCCAAGAUGUUUCUUGAUUUCCUCAACGUUCGUCAUUUUCCUUCUCUCCCAAAAGCAGAAAGUUGUGGUUCUUUUGAAGAAACAGAAUCUGAAGAAUCAAGCAAACUGUCCCACCAGCCAGUGUUGCUGUUCCUAAGGGAUCCAUAUGUCUUGCCUACAGCCAAUGAUGACUUUCCAAAUGUAGUUAUUGAAGGCAUUCUCCAUGGAUUGUUCUUUCCUCACCUACAGCCCAGAUAGAAAAUGGAUUUGGAUGGAAAAUAAUUAGAGUAAAUCCUUUUCCUCAAUGUAGGGUUUUGGAGCCUUUCUUUUUUUAAAGUAAAACUCAAGUGAAGCAAGACACCCAAGUUCAAAAAUGGAAUCUUUGGGAUUUUUUAAUUGUAUCACUAAAAAUGGCUGCUUUUCAAGAUUAUGAAUGAAAAAAAAACACUACUCUGUUGAAACUGGGUACUAAACUCUAAAUACUUAAAUUUUAAAACAGCUGGCAGUCAAAUGCCAAAUUAUACUAACAAGUUUCAUUGUGUAUUUGAUUGUGUGUGUGUAUGAGAUAAAUGAUUACCCUAAUCCUUGUCUCAACAUUGUAUCCACUGCUGGCAGUGGAUAUGCAAAAUAUAAUACCAUGUGUGACUAAAAAAUGUAAAUGUUAAGAAAUAACUGCCAAAACUGGAAAUGCAAUAUAAGCUUACUGUAUCAGUAUUUCUGAUGUCAUAUCAUAUAAGUAUUGUUUUAGGGACAGAAAUAUGCAUAUGCUUGAAAUUGGGCUCAGUUGUAGCUUUAAUUUAUGUCAGGAUCUUGGCUGCAAUCCUUUUAUUACUCUACAUUUGUUUAAUGUUCUUUUCCCAAGUUCAUUAACCUCUAACCUUUUGUAAUAGAAAUAAGAAUGAACACAAUUAAUAAAAAUAACCAUCCAGUCCAGAGGUAGGCAACCCGCAACUUGAGUAUCCUUUUUGCAGCUCCUGGAACUUCCCCUAAUUUUAUCUGCUGAAAAUUGAGCAGUUUCCCAUCAUUUUGAGAUGAAAGCACAUGAAAAAUGUAGUUGAAACCCUUCAAAUAUGUUGUUUUUAAUUGUUUUUAAAACACAAUUUUAACACAAGAAACUAUCACCAAACCCAGGGAAAAAAUGAAAAUUAUGGUUCCACCCAAACGUAUGAUAUAAACCUUCCAGUGUUGACCUCAUCCCCAAAGGUUUGUCCAUCCUAUCAGCUGUCUAAAUGAACAUACUGUUUUUCCAACAUAUGGAAUCCAAAAUUUUUAAAAAAGCACGGUGAAAUAAUGAAAGUCUGUAAAAAUGCCAGCUUGCUGGUCACAUGUCCAUCUACCACUUUGCCAAUUUUGAGUACAUGUGCUGUAGCUGAAUAAUAUUGAGGACGGAAUUGUACUAAGCACAUACUAUGCUUCUUAACAUGGGGGAUUUCAGUGUCUAUACUGAGGUGGCUCAGGAGUUCAUGUCUACCAUAACAGUUAUGAACCUGUGCCAGUGGUAUCUGACGCAGCAGAGCAUAUUCUGGUUAUCCCAUUCAAGUGGAGUUGCAGUCAGAGGUGUCUCCCUGUAUCUCAGUUGUCACAGACAGAUCAUUCUCUGGCCAGCUUUAGGCUGGCCACUGGUAUGAACUUUUAACCGGUGUUUAAAAUACUUCCUGAACACCAUUGGGGAUUUUCCAUCUCCUCUGUCAGCAAUACUGUCAAAGCAUCUCAAGCAGUAGAUAUUAUUGCUUAAGGAGGCAGCAGCAGGUGCAGAGAGCACACUCACAUCCUCUUCAAAGCAGCUUUCCAGCCUCAGAUCCAAAUACUGUGAACCUGUCAGGAGGAAACUUCUUAAAAACACCUUCACUUUCUGAAGUCCAUUUGUCUGUCACCCAGGAGAGAACUUUCUCCAAUGCUGAACAAAAUUCAAUUCCCCCAGUUUCAUUCAGCCCGUUUUUUUCCACUGUCUUGAAAUGAGUCUAGACAUUUGCGGUCAACCAGGCCUUUUUACUCUGAAUUAGUUUAAUAGUGAUGUUAACAGUUUUUAUGAGAUUCUGAGUUUUAUGUUUUGCUUCUUACUAACUGUAAUGAAUGUCCUAUGACAGAAAUAUGCAGAAUA